UUAAUAAUUUAUGAGUUAAUUCUCAAGAAACUUAAACAAUUAUUUGUUUUAAAAAAAUAGAAUAACGCGAGUGUUAUUAUUAUUUAUGGGCAAUUUGUUUUAUAUAAUAAGUGUAUAAUUAAAAUGUAUUUAAUGAUUUAAAACUCACUUCGUCUUCUUGUGAGGAAGCCAACUCGGGUUCAUUUUCUUCCAACUUGUUGCUGAGUCUAAUAUUUAUAUAUCACCAUUACCGACUGGUACGUGCGCAUUUUGUUGCUCAAUGGAUUUAAAUCGUGAUAUCCAGUAUCAUCUUUAUACGAGGAAAAAUCCAACACGGCCACAAAUUUUAACAUUUAUAAGGUCAAGUCUCGAAAGAAGUAAUUUUGACCCACUAAAUCCAACUGUUUUUUACAUUCACGGAUACUCUGAGCAAGCUACUGGAGACAGUGCCAGAGCCAUUCUCAACGCAUAUUUAAAGCGUGGAAAGUACAACGUCAUCUUAGUAGAAUGGGGAAGACUAUCAGCGAUGCCCUGGUACGUGACAGCAGUAAAAAAUACCCGUCGGGUUGGUUGGCAUGUGGCGCAAAUGGUUAAAUGGUUGGAACUAAACAAUGCAAUAAUGUUGCCAAAACUCCACGUCAUCGGAUUUAGUUUGGGCGCAGAGGUCGCUGGUUUCAUGGGCAAGUCCUUAGGACCUCGAAAGGUCGGCAGGAUAACGGGACUCGAUGCAGCGUAUCCUCUUUACAUGGACAAGGGAGCUGAGGGACAUCUGGCGCCAUCUGAUGCCACUUUUGUUGACGUCAUUCAUACCGAUGGAGGGAUCUUCGGGUUCCCUUCACCUCUUGGUCAUGCCGACUUCUACCCCAAUGGCGGACGACCUCUGCAACCAGGAUGCACUGCGGCAAACUUCAUUGCCAUGGGAAUGUACCGAAUUUUCAGGCAUUACCUCGUGUGCAGUCACAACCGCGCUUGGCGUUAUUACGUCGAGUCGAUAAACAAUCCGAGGGGAUUUCCGUCGACUCGUUGCCAAAGAUGGCGGCCUAAUUUGCGAAGUUGUACUUGGAAGAACGACGCAUUCAUGGGAUUUGCAACAGAUCCAAGGACGCGUGGAAUUUUCUACUUGCGAACAAAUUCGAGGACACCUUUUGCAAAAAAUCUGAGUGAUUACUCCCCAACUCAUUAUCUUGUUAGCAUUAAAUUAAAAGACUGACAUCACCAUAUACAUACAUUUUAUAAAUAAAAUUGCUAUAAUUUUAAUUCACCUUUUCAACUUGCAUUUUAUUCAUGAAUAAUUUAAAUAUAUUUCAUAUUUUUUAAAAAUUAUAAGCUGCCUUAAUUAAUUCCUCUUUUGAUAUAAACCUCUGACACGCACUG